AUGGAAGGUCAGUUCGAAAACCCACUCGUCAUAGGAAAGACAGCAGUGCCUCGGUGUUUUCGGAACAUUAAUGUUAAGAGCCUCCCAGUGACUUGGCGUUUUAACAAGAAGGCGUGGAUGACUAGUGCUUUGUUCACCGAGUGGGUCAAGGACUUAAAUUCUAAAAUGAAAAGAGCAGGUCGUAAUGUGCUUCUCCUACUGGAUAAUGCUCCGUCUCACCCAGUUGACUUGAACUUAUCAAAUGUUAAGUUGUUGUUUCUACCAGCUAACACCACCGCGAAGUUACAGCCUCUGGACCAAGGGAUUAUUCAGGACAUGAAACAGUUCUACAGAAAACGUUUGUUGAGAUCAGUUCUCGCGAAAAUCGAUGACGAGAGUGUUGUAAGUGCUGAAUCCGUGUCUAAGAGUUUGAACGUGUUGGACGCUGUGCAGUGGGUAAAUUCUUCUAUAAAGGACGUUAAGGCCGACACAGUGACGAAGUGCUUUAGGAAGGCCGGGUUCAAAGAAUCCUUGUUCGCGAGUGACAGUGUUGUGGUUGAUGAUGAUGAUGAUGAUGAUGAUGAGGAUGAUAAUGUGCCGAUACAAGAACUCGUGGAACUGAUGCGUGUAGCUAACAAAAAGAUCUCUUUAGGUGAUACAAUGACCGUGAAGGAAUAUCUUGAUGUGGACAGUAACAUCCCCAAUGGUGAGGAUUUAAGUGAGAACUGGGAAAGUGACUUGUUACAAACUCACAAGAAUACUGAGUCUGAGCCUGUCGAUAGUGAUAGUGAUGAUGAAUGUAGUGGAGUAGCGCCCACGCCAGAACCAAUAUGUGACCUAAAAACUCACCAGGAUGCUUUAAAGUGUAUUGACCAGUUGAAAGUUUAUUGUAUGAAUAAAGACUUGGGUUCAGUUUCCGCCAUGUUCAGUCGUGCUGGAGAGGAACUUGAAAAGUUGUCAGUUGAUGCUUUGUGUUCAACACUCUUUCUUUAA